UUCCUUCCUUUCUCCUUCCCACCCACCUCCUCACACAUUUCCUUCCUUCCUUCCUUCCUUCCUUCCUUCCCUCCCUCCCUGAGCUGCAGGGAGUGGAGGAGCCACCAGGGGGCGCUGUGGGCCACACUAGGCCCAGACCUGGCAGACUAAAGCUGACUGGCAAGAGGGGAGGAGCUGGGGGCUGAAAGCAGGAAGAAACCAAAGUGCAGAGCAAGGAAGGGGGAGCCAGGCGAAGGAGGAGCUCCCCCAGCCGGUCUGGAGUGGUUCAUUCCACAGCUGCACCAGCAGACAGGAAGACAGUCUGCGCCCGGUGCUGGCCAAGGUCUUCCCUGCCCCCCCUGGUGCAUCUGAGCAUCCUCUCACCUGGGCCCAGGUGAGCCUCUGAGCAUGGCGCCGCUGAUGAUGAUCUGCGGGACUGCCGCAGCAGCCUUUUUCACCUACCUGGAUGGCUGGUACUUGCUGAGGAUGCCCCUGACUUACCUGUACGCCAGGUGGCUGCUGCCUUCCAUCCCGGAUCCUCUGCAGGAGCAGCAGUUCCACAGCUGGGUGCUGCCCUCCGACUUGGACCUGCUGGUGCACAUGAACAACGCCCGUUACCCCCGGGAGGCUGACAUGGCGCGCUGCGUUUACAUGGUCCGCUGCGGGCUCUUCCAAGCCAUCUGGGCCCUUGGGGGCCACACAAUGCUGGCUGCCUCCUGCUGCCGCUUCCGGCGUUCGCUGCACCUUCUGGAGCAUUUCACCAUCCGGACCCGUAUCCGAGGCUGGGACCACCGGGCCUUUUUCCUGGAGCAGCGUUUCGUCAGUGCCCGGGACGGUUUCGUUUGUGCCGUGUUGCUGGUGCGGCAACACGUGACGGGCACCAGUCCGGGCAUGGCUAUGGAGCAGGUGUGCCGAAGGAAGGUCGAAUCCCCAGCCCUGUCGGAAGAGAUCCAGCAUUGGGUGAGAUACAACGAAGCCAGCAGCCAGAGCCUCAGGAAGGAGAGUGAUGUCCAGGAGAAGAGCAAAGCCCCCUGACUGGGAGGGGGGUCCUCAGCAGCCUCCCUCGCCGUCUUCCAGACCAGGCUUCCCUUCCCAAAGCAUCAGGCAGGAUUUGCCCUCUCUUCCUCGCUGUCGGUACCGGAAGGAAACGCUGGAACUGCUACCCCUUGAAGAUCCUCAAAAUAUCCAAAGACAUCCCAGCAAUCGCUCUCCACCGGGGCCCGUGAUCGGUGGCCGUGGGCGGCCCUUGGACCUCUGUAGACAGCAAGACAAGUGAAUUUCAGGAUACCCAGCCGAGCGAAGAGAAGGAAGAGUCUCCGCUCUUAAAAUGGCAAGACGACCGAGAUGAGUUGGAACGCAGUUGCAUGCUGGUUCUACCAAGGAGAAAAAUCUCUUCUUAAUUCUUCUCUUCUCUUUCCCCCACCCCCGCCCUCUCCUCUCCUCCUUCUCCUCCUUGUUCUUCCUCCUCUUUCCUCUUCUUUCUUCUCCCCUCUCCUCCUUCUUUCUU